AUGCACUUAGUGCACAUGAUUUGUAGAUGGAAAUGUUUACAAGGAAGGAAACCAAUAAAAGAUUUUUAUGUGCUUGCAAUAGGUUUGCUAAUUCAAUCUGAAUAUUUUGAUAUCUUCGAUUCAAUUUUGAGAAGUAUAUUAAUUCUAGCAUUAGCUGAGACCGAUGGCUAUGAUGAUAACGUCAAACAAGAAACGCCUUCCGAAACGGCUAGAAUAUGUUUGGAUAAUGUAAUUUCUGGUGUCAAAAAUAUGGAUAUUGCUGAUUAA